CAGCCCUGCAUUGGUAUAGUUUCCACCCUCAGCGGUUGUACGUGAUCCUCCAUUAUCUCCGCGUUGGAGCAGCUGUAACGUCAACAAUGUCUCGCAAGCAAUCCCAAUGCUCUGUGUUUGAUAUAAGACUGAAAAUAAGAGUCUUCAUGUUCUCCCGACAUCUGAGCUGCUUAAGAAGCUGUGGAUAACUUACAUUUUGCAAGUUGUGUUCAGGUAGUGGAGCACCAUGCUGCUGAUAUCGAUGUUUAUCACUGUCCCAACUGUGAGCCCAUCCAUGGACCCUACAUGAUGAAAAAGCGCAACAACUGGCACAGGCAUGACUACACUGAGCCAAAUGAUGGCACACGUCCCGUUCAGGCAGGAACUGCUGUGUUUGUACAGCAACUCCAGGCCAGGAGCUUUGCCAGUGGCCAUGAGAUUCUGGUGCCAAUGCAGGGGAGCCAGGUGACCCAGCGCUACCUGGAGAGGGAGGGCUUCCAUUACCCCAUAGUGGUCCAUGACCUGGAUGGACUGGGGCUUAAACUGCCCCCUCCCUCGUUCUCUGCCAGCGAUGUGGAGCAUUACGUGGGUGCAAAUAAAGUCAUUGACGUGAUUGAUGUGGCAAGGCAGGCAGACAGCAAGCUCAAGCUGGGAGAGUUUGUGAAAUAUUACUACCAGCCAGAACGACCAAAAGUGUUGAAUCUCAUCAGCCUGGAGUUCUCCGAUACAAGGAUGGGCGAUUUGGUGGAGGUUCCUGAAAUUGUGCAGAAGAUGUCCUGGGUGGAGAACUACUGGCCCGAGGACUCGUUCUUCCCCAAACCAUUUGUGCAGAAGUAUUGCCUCAUAGGGAUGAAAAACAGUUACACGGACUUCCACAUCGAUUUUGGAGGAACUUCAGUGUGGUAUCACGUUCUCUGGGGAGAAAAGAUUUUCUACUUGAUCAAGCCGACUAAGGCUAACCUUGCACUAUAUGAGUCCUGGAGCUCAUCACCCAAUCAGAGCGAAGUAUUCUUCGGGGAUAAAGUCGACAAGUGUUACAAAUGUGUGGUGAAGCAGGGCACUACCAUCUUCCUCCCCCCUGGUUGGAUCCAUGCGGUGCUCACUUCUCAGGACUCCAUGGCCUUUGGUGGGAACUUCUUGCAUAACUUAAACAUAGGCAUGCAGCUCAGGUGUUAUGAGAUGGAACGCAGACUGAAGACUCCAGAUCUCUUUAAGUUCCCGUACUUUGAGGCCAUCUGCUGGUAUGUGGCCAAAAACCUUCUGGAGACCCUUAAAGAGCUGCGGGAGGAUAAAUGUCAACCUCAGGGUUAUCUAGUGGACGGAGUGAAAGCUUUAAUCUCAUCACUGAAGACAUGGCUGAGGCGGGAGUUGACUCAACCCAACAGUGAGGUUCCAGACCAUAUCAGGCCAAGCCGGCUCAUUAAAGCUCUGACCCAGGAGAUCCGCUUCCUGGAGGGUGAAUCAAAUAAAGCUGGAAAAUCUCAGGGAAGUGCUGAGUGCUCUUCAUCACGCUCAUCACUGGAGAAGGGAUAUCAGGCACAUCGGGCCGCUCGGUGGAUACGAGACCACCGUCAUCGACACCACCUUCAUCAUCAUCAUCAUCACAGCCGCAAGCUGCCCUCUAACUUGGAUGUCCUGGAGCUUCACACGCUGGAGGUUUUAAAGAGACUGGAGGUCGGGCCUCCUGAGGUGGACCCAGCCUUCAGCUCCAAAGUGAACGGCAAGUUCAAGAAAGUGUCUGCAGUAGCUGUUGAGGGCGCUCAUGACAACGCCCUGCGCCUGGUGCUGUGUAAUGGCAAAAUUAUGCGGGAGAGGUUUCCUGUCAGUAAUGUGGCAGCCAAAGUCACUGCAGUGGAAAUGUUGCAGUACCAUCAACACGGGAUCAAACUGGAAAGGAUGUCGACGUGCCAACAAGAAAAAGGGACAAAAGAAAAGCGAGAGGAUGAAUUAAGACUACACUGCACUAUCAAGAAACCAGUCAAUCACAGCCUAGCUGUGCAGACAGAGCUCAGGACAGAGUCGCCACAUAUCACGUCUUCAGACAGUGAUUCGGAGUCCGAAGCUGAAGAUUCGGCUGAGAAACGCUCCGAGUCGGAGAGCUCUGAGGAAGAGGAUGGAGGAAGCACGAGAGACUCAGGGAGUUUUGUGGAGCAUCUGAGCGGCCUGCAGCGCGGCCACCAUAAUCAAGCGCUUAAACGAGAACGUCCUACCUCACCGAGCACGGAUGAUGCCAUUCAGGGCAUGCUGUCGAUGGCGGGGCUGCUGUGUCAGCGGGCGUCAGCAGGGGGCGAUAUGUUACAGCAGCAGCAGCACUGGUGGUCCAGUCAGGGGAACAGUAACAGCAGCAGCAGCAGCAGCAGCAGUGACGCCUGGGACAGCAGUGAACCCUGCUCCGCAGCCCGCAGCCCCGAGGGAGAGGACGGGAGUCUCGGAGAAGAGGAUUCAUAUAGAGAGAGCUCACUUUCUCCUCCCCUCCACCCCUCCAAAAGACACGCCCCCAACCCCACACCCAUCAGCAACCAGGCCACUAAAGGAAAGCGUCCUAAGAAAGGACAGGCGACGGCUAAACAGAGGUUUGGGAAGAUGUUAAAAAUGAACCACCAUAAAGGCUUAUUCCUGUAGCAUGACGGAGGAGAGAAUCAACACCGCUGCUUUUCUUUAUACGCUGGGAUUAUUAUCACACACAGUUCUCUUACUCACUGUGCACGUUUAGGUGACAGGGUAUGUUUAACAGCUCACUUUUAUUUCACCAAUCACACAUAAUACGACACAUUAUCCAUCAGCACAGGGAAACCGCUUUACUUCAACAUUAACAGUUUCAAGAGGAAGCACAGAAACGGAUAGUCGGAGGUCCUCUCCCCCACCCUACCUCUUAUCACAUCUGUAGCAUGAGUGUCCAGGCCCUCUACAGCCCUGACACUGGUCUUCGGAUUCCCCUCAAGUCAUUCUCAAUCUGCCUAUUUCUCUCUCCUUUGAUCGUCUCAGGCUGAUGUAUGAGCUUUUGAAAUGGUGCUGGACGUUUAGAAGUCCUUCUCCAGUUCCCCUCUGCCCCUUUAAGCAAUAAUUGUACAGCAUUGAGUGUUGAAUUGACGAUUUAGUGGGCCGCACUUUUAGGAUGCGCAGGAAGUCCUCUCAAAGUGGAAAGUAUUGUACAACCAUCAAAAGAAAUCCAAAAAAGUGGCAAAGAUAUAACAUGAUUCGACUGUUUAUACUACAUUAAUUCUCCGGUGGACUUAAAUAGGCGAUUUAAAGGAAUAUUCUGAGGUUCUUUUUGUAUACUGUUCAAGUUCUGCUGAGGAAAAUACAUUGGAGUUGUACCUUGUUUUGUAAAAACAAAACGUUUAAUUUAGAAAGCAUUUUUUACUUAUCUUCCGAAAGCUAGUGAAAUGUUGCGUUUACACUGGAAAAGAAAUGGAUGAAAAUGCGUUGCCACACGUUACUUUGCCUUUGUCUAGUGGCCACAGAGAGGUACUGCAUCCUGAAGCGCCGCGUCUGAAAUACUGUUUGUGAUGUAGUUUGCGAGGACAAAAUAUGCUCAUGAUCUUUCGCUCAUUCUGCAUAAUUUAUGUUCUAUUUUGUUAGCUUUGACUUUUUUGGUUGACUGGGUAACUUAUUUAUUAAUUUCAAAGAUAUAAGGAUUUAUAUUGCAUUGAGUUUCCUGUUUUUUUUUUUUUCCUUUUGCAUUGAAUAGUUUUGUAAAUAGGAGUCUAAUUUUGAAUGUUGCCGAUUCCGGAGGAAUGAGCUUUUGUUUAGCUUCAUGGAUUUUGUCGUUAACACAUUUAAUGCUACUUAAAAGAAAUCUGAAUGACUUUUCCUGUUCAGUUUACCUCUGAAACGUUUUAGUUUGUUUGAAUCAUGUCGCUUUAUGUUGACUUUCUGACCUGUUGAAGCGGGACAAAAGAAUUUCAUCGGGAACAACAAAGUGGUGCUCGCGUGUGAAUUUCUUAGAGAGGCUAUGAAACGUUUUCUCAGGGAACAUCGUACAGGUGACAUCUUUGAAUUCAUCACCAGCACUGGCAUACAGUCUCGUUUUAUACUCAUUUCCACAAGUUUGCCAACAAAUGUAUAUAUAUUCCCAAUACUUUUACUUUAUUCUUGUUUUUGUUUUAUUUUGUCUGGUGGAUGUAAAUCCCAGAUUCAGAACAAAAUUGUGUCCCGCUGUGAAGUGUAUAUUGUCACGGGAGGAGCACAAGACAGACACAGUGGGCGUGGCGUCAGGCCUCGGAGAGGCUUUUAUUAACAGAAAUCAUAAAACAAAGGGAAUAAAAGUGGCCAAAGGGGGAAAGUGUCCAAAAUAACAGGGAAUCUGGUGUCCUCGUUGUGCUGCGGGGUUCGUGUGGGUCGGGCAGUGUUCAUGGAGGAAGGGUCCAGGUAAGGGGCGGAGUCCGGCGGCCGCACGCGCUCCCCUCCUUGGUCCGGGGCGCGAGGGGCGGCGGCUUCCUCUAGCGGCCGCAUCUCUCUCGUCGGCCGCGGCGCUGGUAGGGGAUGGACGGCCCGGCAUCCUGGCCCGUCGGCCGUGUAAACGGGUGCGGUUCUCCUCCGGAUCGCGGGUCCGGCUGCUCACGUCUCUUGUGGCGCGGGAGUCCCUCAACGCACCCUUCCUGGACCCACGAGGACACCAGUGUGCAUGCACGGGGAAGAGACCGGUCUCCCGAGGAGAGGCGCGUUGGGCUUUUAAACAGCGGCGGGGAUGAGGCUCCAUUCACAUCAGGUGUGCCCCAUCACACGCCGCCAGCCCUGACUCGUCCAGCGCCCCUCCUCUCACACACCCACUCCAGUCGGGAGCCUGGUGAAGGGCGGCGAUUUAGGACGGGGUGCCGGUGACAAUCAGGGAGGAGGCAGCUGACUCGUCACAUUCCCCCUCCCAAGCGACAUCCCCGUCCCCAGAGCGCCACCCACACGGGAGUGCUACCAUCCUCAACCAGACUCCAAACGGUCGGAGUGGGCGGGGAUUCCUCUCCGGGCGGUCCUCCCUCUCGCAGCGCACCAGAACAGGGACAGAGAAACCGGGUUUUAGUGACAGCCUCAACCAACCAAAGGGUAAAAUGACAAUGGAAAAGUCACUUACCCCUUGUGUGGCUGGGAGGCUGUCCCCAGUUUUCCUCCGUCCCAGUCUGGGUUCUCACGAACGUUUGCAAGCGAGAGGGAGUGACGUCACCAGACGUUUCCCAACUGCGCUGUCUAGGCUCCGCCUGCCCGCAUUCUCCACCAGUGUCACGGGAGGAGCACAAGACAGACACAGUGGGCGUGGCGUCAGGCCUCGGAGAGGCUUUUAUUAACAGAAAUCAUAAAACAAAGGGAAUAAAAGUGGCCAAAGGGGGAAAGUGUCCAAAAUAACAGGGAAUCUGGUGUCCUCGUUGUGCUGCGGGGUUCGUGUGGGUCGGGCAGUGUUCAUGGAGGAAGGGUCCAGGUAAGGGGCGGAGUCCGGCGGCCGCACGCGCUCCCCUCCUUGGUCCGGGGCGCGAGGGGCGGCGGCUUCCUCUAGCGGCCGCAUCUCUCUCGUCGGCCGCGGCGCUGGUAGGGGAUGGACGGCCCGGCAUCCUGGCCCGUCGGCCGUGUAAACGGGUGCGGUUCUCCUCCGGAUCGCGGGUCCGGCUGCUCACGUCUCUUGUGGCGCGGGAGUCCCUCAACGCACCCUUCCUGGACCCACGAGGACACCAGUGUGCAUGCACGGGGAAGAGACCGGUCUCCCGAGGAGAGGCGCGUUGGGCUUUUAAACAGCGGCGGGGAUGAGGCUCCAUUCACAUCAGGUGUGCCCCAUCACACGCCGCCAGCCCUGACUCGUCCAGCGCCCCUCCUCUCACACACCCACUCCAGUCGGGAGCCUGGUGAAGGGCGGCGAUUUAGGACGGGGUGCCGGUGACAAUCAGGGAGGAGGCAGCUGACUCGUCACAUUAUAUUACAGAAAUAUUCUUGAGUUUGUUGGACUUUGUGCAUGGAGCGGCACCAACAGAUUAUGAUCAGCUAUCCUCGACUGUUGUGGAAGAGGUCUGUUGGUUUAAAAAGCAAAUGCACUAUUUUGGAUAAAUAGGCUCAGGCUUUGUUACCGUUUUGAGUUUUGGUCUUGCGCAUGUGUUUUAUGAAAAAAAAAAAAAGUUUCUCUGUUUUUGUUCACUAACCUUUGAUAUAGACAAGCACCCUUACAUCUUUCUCCUUCAUAUUUGAUCAGUGGAGCUGGUUUUCAGACAGGUUUCCUUUGCUCUGACGCAUUCAUUGUACAGUAUUUAUUAAUCUCUAGCAUUCAUUUCCCUUUUCAUCUGUGGUAUAGACUCAAUGUCGCUGUGUUUUAAGAUGCUGUGUUCUGUUUCCCAGAGUUCUCGAUGAAAGUUUUGGAUGUGAUGGAAUUUCUCCAAUGCAAUUUAUUUAAUUUUGUAGAUCACACUGUCCCCUCGACUCCCCCCUUUACCAAAUGUUAAGUGAUAAAACACUGUUCUGACAAA